GAAGAAUGUCCCCAACGAAAAACGCCCUGAGCUUACCAGCUCCCCGUCUCUCGGUCUCUCUCUCUCUCUCGGAAACUGAUAAAAAGGCUGCUGGGUCUUCAGAAAUAUAUAAAUACACCAAACUCUACAUGCAUAUUUGACAGAAAAAAAUUAACCCCCCUCUAUCCUCGACUUCUCUCUGCACAAAAUUCUAUUCAUGCUCUAGAUCUACCCAUGUCAAACCGUGGACUGCUAACAAUCUCAACUUCACUCUUGCACUGUUCAUUCCAAGUUGAAUUAUAGGUUAAAGGUUGUUUCUUGGGUAAAUUGUUUGCUGCAGAGAAGCAAUGGAAGAAGAGGAGUUCUUGUUGGUGUAGAUGAAAAAUAUUUGAUUUUGGGAGGUGGGUUGUUUUGGGAUUGUGGUGUUUUGAAGUAGAAUGGGUUGUGUUUUUUGUAAGCCCUAUGCUGUAGGGGAUAGUAAGGAGAGUUUGAGGGAGAGGCUGUCUAAUAAAACUUCAUCGGAUUUACAAGUCCCUAGAGUGGUGUCCUCAAGGAGAGAGGAUGAGAGCAUGGUAAAAGAAUCGCUGGACAAUAAUAAUAGUAGUAAUAAUUGCAAUGGGAGGGCAGUGUUGAUGGAUAAGCAAGUGAAUGGUUCAGCUAGAUCGCAUAAUGAGAAUUUCGAGAGGAAGACAGAGAAGGCUGAGUAUAUUUCAGUGGUACAACAUCCUGGCAUGGGCAUGGUCCCUAGAGGAACGGAAGGGGAGCAGGUCUCCGCCGGAUGGCCACCAUGGCUGGUCGCUGUUGCUGGUGAAGCUAUUAGAGGAUGGGUGCCUAGAAGGGCAGAUUCUUUCGAAAAGCUUGAUAAGAUUGGUCAGGGUACUUAUAGUAAUGUUUACCGUGCUCGUGACCUCGAUCAAGGGAAGAUUGUUGCUUUGAAGAAAGUGAGGUUUGACAACCUGGAGCCUGAAAGUGUUCGUUUCAUGGCGAGGGAAAUCCACAUUCUACGUAGGCUUGACCAUCCAAAUGUAAUUAAAUUGGAAGGUCUAGUUACAUCUCGGAUGUCUUGCAGCCUGUACCUUGUUUUUGAGUACAUGGAGCAUGAUUUGGCUGGCCUCGCAUCUCUCCCUGGGGUCAAAUUUACCGAACCUCAGGUUAAAUUUUACAUGCAACAGCUUAUGCAUGGACUUGAUCAUUGUCAUAGUCGCAAUGUCCUGCAUCGUGAUAUAAAAGGUUCAAAUCUUCUAAUUGACAAUAAUGGCAUCCUGAAGAUUGCAGAUUUUGGUCUGGCAAGUUUCUUCGAUCCUCAUCAGAGUCGGCCUCUAACGAGCCGUGUUGUUACCUUGUGGUAUCGGCCUCCUGAACUUCUACUUGGUGCGACAUACUAUGGUUCUGCUGUGGAUUUAUGGAGUACAGGUUGCAUACUUUCUGAACUAUAUGCUGGAAAACCUAUCAUGCCUGGAAGAACAGAGGUUGAGCAGUUACAUAAAAUUUUUAAACUUUGUGGGUCACCCUCUGAAGAGUAUUGGAAGAAAUCGAAGUUGCCUCAUGCAACAAUUUUCAAGCCUCAACAACCUUAUAAACGCCGUGUUGCAGAAAUGUUUCUAGAUUUUCCAGCUCCAGCAUUAGCACUCGCAGAGACUUUGCUUUCAAUAGAUCCUGCAGAUCGCGGAUCUGCAUCCUCUGCUUUGAAGAGCGAGUUCUUUACAACAAGGCCACAUCCUUGUGAUCCUUCAGUCUUGCCCAAAUAUCCUCCCAGCAAAGAGUUUGAUGUCAAAGUACGGGACGAAGAAGCUAGAAGACAAGUGGCAGCUGGAAGCAAGGGUCAAAGGCAUGAUCUUGAUAGAAGAGGACCACGUCAAUCUCGUGCAGUUCCAGCUCCUGAUGCUAAUGCUGAAUUAGUCUCAUCGAUGCAGAAAAGACAUGGUCUGUCCAACUCCAAGAGCAGGAGUGAGAUGUUCAGCUCUCAUCCCGAAGAAGUUGCUUCUGGUUUUCCAAUCGACCCGCCUAGACCAUUGCAGGCUGUGGAAGAAGCUAGCAAUGAUACUCAGGGAAAUAUGCACAAGAGAGAUUCCCAUUCUGGGCCCUUGGUUAAUCAGGCUGCCUGGGCAAAGGCUGGAAAGAACACAGUAGAUGCUCCGAAAAUUCUAACUGGGGCCGACUUAUCGGCCAUGUCUGGUUUAGUUGCAGCAAGAAAGAGCAUGCUGUCUGAAGAGCGUCAGGAGAAAUCAUAUUUUCAACAAGACAAGCUCACUUCCAGGUUUCCUGGAUCAUUCAAGGAGGCUUCAAAUUCCACGGCACAACAAGAUCAAAAAGAUAACAUGACUGUAGCGUCUCAUCAGCAUGAUAAUGAAAGAAUCAGCAACGAUCUGGUUCUUAUGGGUUAUGGGUCAAAGGGCAACAAAAUUCACUACUCUGGACCACUGCUAGUUCCAUCUGGCAAAAUGGACCAGGCAUUGAAAGAUCAUGACCGCCAAAUCCAAGAAGCUGUACGAAGAGCUCGGCUGGAGAAGGUGAAAAUGAGAAAACUUCAAGUCGAGGGAAGGCAACCAUCAACUAAUUCCUUUUAUGUUUCAGGACGUUAAGUCGAUAUAAAGCCGAUUGAACUGAAAGAAGACAAAGGUAAGGAUCAGCUAUGACUUCACCAGUAUUGGUGGGGUUUAUUGUAUAGAUGAUAUUCAAUAGGAGAUGCGGGGCCUAGCUUCGGCCACUGGUAGGAGUUGGAAAUAGGAAUUCAUCCCCAUUUGGGAGAUCUUCGUCUGUGUUUUCUUUGUAGUACGGCAAAUGGUUAUAAAAAACAUGGGCUAUUCUUGUCCGAGUAAGCUUAUCAUCUAUCGUCGAUGUCAAGAUAUUCUGUUUCUAAAUGUGCAAAAUACUGAUUUAGCAUUAGUGCAUCCGACGGCUACCUACCACAAUUUCAUUGUAACUAACGUGAUUCUAUUUUUGCCGUAAUGCUUAUCGAUAUUCGUAUGCUUA